AUGCCUCUCAGGGCCCGCCAAACUGUGGCCAAAGUGCUAGGUAUCAAACUUCAGGAUGAAGACCCUUUCCGAGAGCUCGACAGGCCCGGGGCUUCGGUGGUGUCCGACCGGACGGACCACACCUUUGUGGAGGAGCCCCCUCAGGUUGUCGACUACUUGAGAACCCUCAUUCCGUCAGGCCAGGAGCUCUACGAGUACUCCCUCUCGCUGUUCCCCUUCCUCUCCUGGAUCGGACACUACAACUUGCAGUGGCUCAUUGGAGAUCUCGUUGCCGGUAUCACUAUUGGCGCUGUCGUCGUUCCCCAAGGUAUGGCCUACGCCAAGCUGGCAAAUCUCGAGGUCCAAUUCGGUCUCUACUCUUCCUUCAUGGGCGUAUUGGUCUACUGGUUUUUUGCCACCUCUAAAGAUAUCACCAUUGGUCCGGUCGCCGUCAUGUCGCAGCUUACCGGUGGCAUUGUCGCCGACCUGGCCGUCGCUUUACCCGACGUCGAGGCCCAUGUCAUCGCUUCCGCUCUCGCGAUCCUUGCCGGUUCCAUCGUCCUGUUUAUCGGGCUCAUCCGCUGCGGAUGGAUCGUUGAUCUGAUCUCGCUCACUGCCCUCUCGGCUUUCAUGACUGGCUCGGCCCUUAACAUCGUGGUCGGUCAGAUCCCUUCUAUGAUGGGCAUCACAGGCUUCUCGACUCGCGACGCGCCCUACCUCGUCUUCAUCCACACCCUUCAAGGCCUACCCCGCACUACUCUGGAUGCUGCUAUGGGGCUUAGUGCUCUGACGAUGCUGUACCUGAUCAGGGCAGGCUGCUCGCUCGCUGCGAAACGGUGGCCGAAGCACCAGCGCCUAGCCUUCUUUCUCUCGACCCUGAGGACUGUCUUUGUCAUCCUCCUGUACACCAUGAUCAGCUGGCUCGUCAACCGGGGUCUUCCCGAGGACCAAGUGAAAUUUAAGAUCCUGCUCGACGUCCCGAGAGGCUUUCAAAAUGCGGCGGUCCCCGUGCUUAACCAGCGUAUCGCGAGCAACCUCGCCAGCUAUCUGCCCGCCACCGUUAUCGUCCUGUUGAUUGAGCACAUCGCCAUCUCGAAGUCGUUCGGGCGGGUGAACAACUAUACCAUCAACCCCUCGCAGGAGAUGGUCGCCAUCGGUGUCACCAACAUGCUAGGCCCCUUCUUGGGCGGAUAUGCUGCCACCGGCUCCUUCAGCCGUACCGCUAUCAAGUCAAAGGCCGGCGUCCGUUCUCCGUUUGCCGGUGUCAUCACCGCGGCUGUGGUCCUGCUCGCCAUCUACGCCCUGCCCGCGGUGUUCUACUACAUCCCGAACGCCUCCCUCGCCGCCGUCAUCAUCCAUGCCGUCGGUGACCUGAUCACGCCGCCAAACACCGUCUACCAGUUCUGGCUCGUCUCGCCGCUGGAGGUCUUCAUCUUCUUCGUCGGCGUGCUCGUCACCGUCUUCUCAACCAUCGAGAACGGCAUCUACGCCACCGUCUGCCUCUCGGCCGCCAUGCUGCUCUACCGCAUCCUGCGGGCCAAGGGCCGGUUCCUCGGACGCGUCAGCGUCGCAUCCAUGCUCGACGACCACGUGGUCGGCGACGACUCGCGCCGGGGCGGCGAGUACGGCACCUUCACGGGCUCCCCGGAAGCCCCCUUCCGCAACGUGUUCCUCCCCAUCACCCACGCCGACGGCUCCAACCCGGAGGUGGAGCUGGACAACCCCUACCCGGGCAUCUUCAUCUACCGCUUCGCCGAAGGCUUCAACUACACCAACGCGAGCCACAGCCUGGGGUACAUGACGGACUACAUCUUCGCGCACACGCGCCGCACCAACCUCGAGAGCUUCGACCGCCCCGGCGACCGGCCCUGGAACGACCCGGGCCCGUCCCGGCGCAAGCUCAAGGCCGCCGCCGCCGCCGCCGCCGCCGCCAUUGACGAAAACAACGACGAGGACGACUCCUCCAACCGCCCCACCCUCAAAGCCAUCAUCCUCGACUUCAGCUCCGUCAACCACGUCGACAUCACCUCGGUCCAGCAGCUCAUCGACGUGCGAAACCAACUCGACCGCUACGCCGCCCCGGGAACCGUCGACUGGCACAUCGCCUGCAUCAGCAACCGGUGGGCGAAGCGGGCGCUCGCGGCGGCCGGGUUCGGAUACCCGACCGCUCGCCCGGACGUGCCGCAUCUGCGGUGGCGGAGUAUCUUCUCCGUGGCGGAGAUUGGCGGCGCGCAGAGUGCGGCCGCCGCGGCGGAGUUGGAGGAUAAUGAGAAGUUGUUGGAGACGGAGCUGAGGCGGGUUUCGUCUUCGGUUGCGCCUAGUCGGCAUCGGCAUCGUCUGCAUGAUUUGGAGGCGGGGUUGCCUGCUGCUGCUGGGGGUGAGGGUGGGAGUGGUGGUGGCGGGAGUGGUGUGUCGGCGAAGGGGGAGGAUGAUGGCGGUAGUGCUGAGACAGAGGGUGAUGAUGGGAAGGGAGGUGUUGAGGCGGCGCCUGCGCCUGCGCUGCAUGCGGGCCGCACGGUGGCCGUGCAUGGCAUCAACCGCCCGCUGUUCCAUGUUGAUCUGACGAGUGCGCUGCAGAGUGCCGUGGCCAAUGUCGAGGCGCGCGGGGAGGUUGAGGUUGCUGGGCAGGAUGCGGUUGCGGUUGCGGUUGGGGCUGAUGCCGGUGCGGGUGUUGGUGUUGGUGCUGGUGCUGGGACUGCGACGGGGGCUGGGACAGCGGUUGGUGGGGAGAGGGCGGGCAGCGGGGAGGUCACGGAUACGAGCGGAACGUUGAGGUGA